AUGUCCGACAUUCCAUCGCCAGAAAUGAAUUCUACAUGCCACUGCCCCGAGGAAUACGAUUCGGAUUCUUCAUAUCCUUUUCAUUUUGACGCCGGUAGCAUCGCGCCCGAGGACUCUUUAAGCCAAGUCGGACACCGCCCUCAAUCCCCUUCUCGUGGGGGUAUUUUCGACCACUGCUCUCUCACAAGGCUUCCCGAAUAUAUAUGGUUCACGGAUGAAACUAGAUUAGAAUUUCUUUCAUGGUGGAAGUUUCAAACGAUACUUGGCAAGGAUGGAGAUCGAAAGGUGUGGGAUACCAAACGCCGCCGAGCAGACAUCUGGCUUGAGUACUAUCGGGUGGCUGAUAUAUAUACUGGAAAGCCAAUGAUGAUGUGUAAAUUCUGUUAUGCUACUCUCGACCACCCAGCUACUACGAAUCCUGGAAAUAAGGGUCCAAGUGGAACAUCUGCCAUGCGCAGGCACUACGAUAGCCCAACAUGCUGGGCAAAAUUCUAUCAGAACGAAGAAGAUUGCGGUCGGGAUGAAGAUGGCGAUGAAGUUUUUCCAAAGCCGCAUCUGGCACGCACAGCCACCGAAGUAGCUGGCCUAACACCGGCCCUACUGGCGUUGCAUAACCCUAGACGAGAGUUCAAUAUACGCCGUUGCCCUGAAGGAGACGAUGAUCUGUUGGAUCUUAUGGAAUACGUCAGUCUAUGCCCCGCGGGCACUCCUAUCCAAUGGCCCACUGCAAAGGAACUUGAACGUUACUGUCAAGAGAAAGAUAGAGAACUGGAGGAGGCUGGAGAGAAGGUUCCGGAAGAAGGAACCGGUUCAUGGAAGGCAUUGGGGCCCACCGCGUGUGAUUGA